AUGUCAUACCUGCAUACCCCUGAUUUCUUUUCCAACGCUCUACUUAUCAUAAGUAUUAUUGCUCUACCACUUCACGUCUUCGGUGCCUACUGUAUCCUCGUGAAGACUCCAAAAAUGAUGAAUUCAGUGAAAUGGAUCAUGCUGAACUUGCAUUUUUGGAGUGUCGCCUUGGAUUGGGGCAUCACUUUCUUCACGAAACCGUUUGUAUUAUUUCCUGCGAUGGCUGGCGUGCCGUUGGGCGUUUUGAGUGGGAUGGGGGUGUCGACUGGAAUGCAGAUCUAUAUGGUUGUCACGUUGUUUUGCAUCGUUUGCGCCGCAAUUGUCUCUUGUUUCGAAAACCGCUACUACUUAUCCUUCGGUCGUAACUCCAUAUGGCAUCACUUCCGAUUCCCAUGCAUGCUAUUCAACUACUUUCUCGCAUUCCUUAUUUUCCUUCCCGCUUAUAUCAACGCCCCGGAUCAAGUCACUGGUCUCCAAAAACUGUUUGAAUUGCUCCCAAAUCUUUCAGAUGAUAUCCGUCGGCUUCCAAUUUAUGUGAUCGCUUCAGAGUACUCAAUGGUUGUGGGGCCGGUGGUACUAAUGGGUGUAGUCAUAAUGAUUGAAGCUCUGAUAUUUGUUGGACUAAUGUAUAAAGGAGCCACGAAAGCGAUUCGGUUGAUGAGUAUCUCAUUGAAUACUCUGAUUAUGCAACGCAAAUUUCUAAGAGCUUUGUAUAUCCAGAUUUUUAUGAUUUUUCUUAAUAUGGGUAUCCCUUUAUUCUAUCUUGGUGUGGCUGUACCCUUCAACUAUUAUAAUCAAGCCGCCAACAAUAUCUGCUUUAUCAUUUAUUCCCUCCAUGGCUUGAGCUCCACUAUUGUAAUGGUUUGGAUUCAUAAACCGUAUCGGAUGGUUGUCCAGGAUUUAUUUGAUAGAGGGAGAUCUCGGAGAAUGAGUAACGCUGGUCAAAAGAAAAGUAUUGGGGAGAUGAAGACAACAUUGAAUGUAUCGAAUGUGAAUAUUAGGUUACAGUAUAAUGUGAAUAUUGUUAAUGUUGUUAUUUAA